GGCGCAGCCCAGCGGCCGCCAGCGCCCGCGUUCCGGGCGUCGCCAGGGCCUCCGCCGAGGCGGGUCCGCAGCCCGCCAUGUCGCGCUGCUGCCGGCGCAAGUACAAGAGCGGCGACCUGGUGUUCGCCAAGCUGAAGGGCUACGCCCACUGGCCGGCCAGGAUCGAGCACAUGGCCGAGCCGAACCGCUACCAGGUGUUCUUCUUCGGGACCCACGAGACGGCCCUGCUGGGCCCCAAGCACCUGUUCCCGUACGACGAGUCCAAGGAGAAGUUCGGCAAGCCCAACAGGAGGCGGGGCUUCAGCGCGGGGCUGUGGGAGAUCGAGAACAACCCCAGCGUGCAGGCCGCCGGCCGCCAGCCGGCCCGGGAGCCCGAGCCGCGGGGGCCGCCGCGCCAGGGCCCCCCCGACCGCCCCCGGGAGGCCGAGCCCGACGGGGAGCCGCCGCCGCCGCCGCCGCCGCCGCCGCCGCCGCGGGAGGAGGAGGAGGCCGCCGGCGAAGGGGCCGCGCCGCGCGUCGUGGAGCCGGGAACCCGCGGCGCCGCGGCCCAGCCGCCCCCGGAGGGCCCCGAGCGGCAGGGAGAGGCCGCGGAGGCGCAGGCCCCGGGCGGCGGGGAGCGCGACCGCCCGUAGUCACCAGUCUCCCGAGGAGCCCCCCGCCCCCUCCCGCUGCGGCCCGGCCGUUACUGCGGAGCCCGACCCCGGCCUGCAGCCCGGGGCGCCUCCCCCGCCCGCUCGCCUGCCCCGCCCGGCCCCGGGGCCGAGCUGCAGGGGCAGGCCCCGGCCCCCGGCUCCGCACCCCGCGCCCCCGAGAUCCGAGCCCGGGCGCCUCCGCCCCCGCCCGGCGCGGCCUCCCAAGGCUUCGGUUGGGGCCUGGCCCGGCCGUUGCCCCCUCCCGACGCGGGCACCCCGGACCCCGCGUUGCGGUCAGGGGCAGGCGGGGCAGGCGUGGGGCACCGAGCAGGGGGGCGGAGGGGCCUCCGGGGGCCCGGGGGCCGUCCCCAAACCGUGCUGGUGGUGGGCGGCAGGCCCCUCGGCCCGCCCGUGCCCGUUACCCCAGCUGCUCAGGUUCACCGAAAGUGGGACAGCUCCUGGGCGAGGGCCACCCUCCUUUCUGGGCCCCUUGUGGGAGCUCUGGGACGUGUCGUUUUUCAUCGAAUAAUGUGGGAGCUUCCCAGUUGUGCGCGACGUGGGAAGGGUUCGCUCUGCCCGGCGCUUCGGGUGGCAGUGGCGAGCAACGUCUGUCCCCAUUUCCACCUCUGGGCUUACGCGGGAUGUUCUGCGCAGAUUCCCGGCCGCCCCUUUCCCUCUCCCCACAGCCUCCAGGCCGCCCUACAGUCCUAUAUGUCACUCAGGCGUAAAAGAAAAGGCACGUAGCUUGGGAAGUCUUUUUGAUGAAAAGACCCCCCAGCCCCCUCAAUGAAGCACUACCCUGGCUGCGCCUUCAGUCAGCGGCCAGCUCUGCCGUCAUGACCCCAUUUCAGAGGUGGGCUGGGGGUUCCCUUUCUGUUUGGGGUUUGAUGACUUCCUUUUUGUAGUCAAGGCUUUGGGGUUCCUUGGCAGUGCCAUUUCCCAUCUGUGACGUCCCUCCCCCUGGCCCCCUCAGCAUUGUCACCAGACCUGAAAUGUAACUGCCUGAGAAGAGAGAGGGCCCCCUCCCAGCCUCUUCCUGAGCCUCUCAGUGUGCCCUUCUUCUUCUGUUGUCUCCUUCACCCCUGCCCUUCUCCCUUGGGCUCUGAUGAAAAAUUGUUGACUGUAGCUUUGGAAGCUGAGAGCUGAACUAUUUCAGUUCCAGGAAAUAAAACCGUUGAUUACUUUGAACAAAUCUCAGGUCUGUUC